AUGCAGUUCUCCACCCUUCUGGCCCUGGCCCCUCUCCUCCUUCUGCCUAUACCCACCACACAUGCCACUUCUUCACCCCCAGCAACCCCCAAAUCCACAUUUCUCUUCACAGCAGACCUAACACUCGGCGCCGCUCUGCCUCCCAUCGAUAUUCCAGGAGGAACCCGAUUGCUCACGCCCGUGACAGGCGGCACGAUCACCGGCCCCGCUCUCAACGCCACCGUGACCGGUGGGACCGCCUACCCUCUCUUUCGAAACAAAAUGACAGUCGAAGAGCCAGAAAUCAUCGUCUUUGGUACUACGGAUAAGAAUGGGACUUUCUUUGGUACCCUGGCGGGCGUGGGGUCGCCUGUGGAUCAGAUUGUUAGGAUCGUUAUUGAGAUCGGAGGCCCGUAUGCGUAUCUUAAUGAGAGUUUCAUUGAGGGCGAGAUUGUGAGGGGGUCGAGCGGUAGUACGGUCGUGAAUGCGUUUUUGAUUGAGAAAGCGAGCUGA